CACUGUUCAGUCGUCGGACGGCGCUGGUCGAGCUUUGUGGUUGAAUUGCGCGGUGGAAGGCGAGUCAGGACAUGCUUUAUUCAUACUAAUUAUGUGAAAAUGUAUAAUUAAUUGGGUGAUAAUUGUCGGCCUGAUUGCAUGCAAUGUAAACAUCGAAAAAUUGUCGCAAAAUCGCAAACGGUCAAUAAACGUGAGCCAAAGCCUGUAUUCCAAUGCGCUCAAUUACUAACCGAUUUCAGCUCAAUUUCGAGUUUCGGUAACGAAACGUUCAAACAAACGAAUCAACAUAUCAAACUAAUUGCAAUCGAAUUUAAAUAACGUUCAAUUAAAAGCAUGGUUCGCACAGCCAAGCCCAUAAUCACGCCAUAUUUGCCUGUGUAAAGUGUGUGAAAGUGUUUAGCGAGAGGGGAAAGGAGAAAGGGCUCCGGAUUCAACAUCAAUCAAUUAAUUGGGAUCUCAAACGAGGGCGGAGAACCAAGCCAUCCGGCCGAAGAUGGACCAGCGCAAUCUAACACUGCCAACGCCAGCCGCAACAACAAUUAUGUCCUCGUCAUCCGCAGCGAUGGCGGCGGGCUUCGCAUCCCUUGGAGGACCAACCACGUCCGCCCUGGCCGGAUCCACAAUAGCAUUAGCCACAACAACAACAACGGCGCCGCCAACAACGACGCCAGCCACAUUUUUUACCUACAGCAUACCAGGCAUGGACAUUGCGCCAGGACCAUUUAUAUUCACCUACGUUAGUGAAUUUUUAUCGCUUAUCACGCCCGAGGAAUUGCCGCUGGAUUCCAUACGCGAUGUUCUACACAAAAACACCAGCCUGCUGGACUUCGCCUCCAAUGCCAUUAAAAUCGAGUCCGGCUUCAUUGCCCUGAUGAGCGUGUUCGCCAUACUGGCCCUGGUUCCCCUGAUUGCCACGUGUGCCUGGUGCUGCGGUCGUCGCUCCACCCAGGACGAGGUGGACCACAUACGGAAUGCACCCUGUCACAUCCGGGACGAGUCGCUGGAGGAGAGCUUGCGGUGCCGCAAGAGCGCCGGACUGGUCACCCUGUGGAUCGUCUUCAUCCUGUUGACGCUGAGCGACUUCAGCAUAUUUUACGCCAACAGCCGCUUGUCCGCCGGAAUCGAGAUGACGCCCGAGAUGGUCAAGUCAGCCGUGCACGACGUGGAGGUCUUCCUGAAGGACACGCAUCUACAAAUCAAGCAGAAACUGGAUAAUGGCUUCCACGUUUCCGUGGAGCGGGUCGUCAAAGACCUGGAAGACGUGGAUGUUCUCCUUGGCGAGCCGAUUCAAUCGGAAAUAUCCGCACACACUGGCCUCGAGCUGGCGUAUGAUUCACUGACGACACUUAGCCUGGCGAACGCGGAGCUCAUCUACCGCGUGCUCAUGCUGCAGGAGACGGUGGGCAGGGCCUUGAAGCUCUCCCAGGAGGCGGCAGCCAGGAUGGAGGAGCUGCAGAUCCAGCUGUCCGUGCUGCAGCGCCAGUGCACGUACCGCGACCGCCCGCUCUGCGACACGUUGCGUAUACGCAGCUUCGAGGAGAACGGCGUCGUCGACGCCCUGAAAACUCUGCAAGAGGACCAGAGCAUCUUCCGAAUGCGCUACUUGGGCGAAAUUGAAUUCGGUGCCACUGUCAAAAAUCUGACAUCGGAAGUUGGCGUGUCACGUUCCAUUUUCAGCAAUUUCCCGCAACAAGUUAAACAUGACACGGCUUAUGAGCGGAACUAUACUUUGGAGCAGUUGGCGAGUAUUCGCCACCGGACGACUGUCAAUGCCCAGCAGCUGACCUCGACGGUGAAUGGACUGCUCCAGCGACUGGAGGGCACCUGGUCGUCCCUGCAGCCCGCCUACAACGAGCUGAAGGAGUGGGCGGACGCCUACUGGAGCGUGGGCUGGAUUGCCGGAACGGUGAUUGUCUGGGUAAUGCUCUUCAUGCUGAUGUCCUACUGCUGCUUCCUCUGCGAGUCGAACGCCAAGUCCGGCGUGGUCUUCUUCAUCGCCGUGCUGCUCAUCUGUCUGGCCAGCAUUUGUCUUACCAUUUUCGGUGUGUUCUCCCUGGCCGUGGGCGGCAAUGCCGAGGUCUUUGUCUGUCGAUCUCUGUACGACGAGGACUACAACAUGCUGGGUAAGCUGCUGGAUAAGCCGGGUUACGCAUACGCCCGGGAGCCACAGACCGGGAUCAUCGGCGAGCUACUGCGUCCUGUCGGCGUCAAUCGGUCGGUGGUCAACGUGGGUCUGGGCCAGGCCCUCAGGGGCUGCGAGCAAAAUCAAGCAUCGUACAAUGUCUUUCAAUUGGAUGCGUUCGUGAACACCAGCAAAAUCGCCGACCUGAGGCAGUUCCCCAAAGUGUCCACCGCCAUCGAUGCCAUCUCCGUGUCCGGGCGCACGCUCCUCUCGCUCACGCAGUCCGUGCAGAACAUUUUGGAGAACAUGCUGCAGACGUCCUCGUUCAAUUUGACCACGUACCGCAGCAGCGUGGGUGCGCCCACGCCCGAAAAGGAUUUGGCCACGUUCAUUGAUCAGAUGCAGCGGGUGGCCCUGCAGAUUCAGGACGUGGCCACCUCCUCGCGCAUGACCACAUUGGGCAGCCGCUCCAAGCGGCUGCAGGCCUCGAUACUCCAGCCGCUGGAGAACCUGCAGAACGAGAUUCUCUACCAUCUGACGGCCCUGGAGCUGCAGCGCGAUCCCUGGGCCAAGCAGGUCAACCAGACGCUGAACCACCUCAAGAGCAUCCAGAGCUACCUGGAGAACAAGGCCGGCGAGAUAUGCCACAACAUGACGCGGGCCUACACGGAUCGUAUGAAGGCCUACCUGACCACCAGCAAGGCCACCAUGGAGUCCCAGCUGGGCGACACCACCACCAAGUGCCGACCCUUCUACGACACCUUCGACGCCAGCCGCACCUUUCUCUGCCGCAACAUGGUGGACUUCAUCAACGGCCUGUCCUUCUUCAUCUUCCUCACACUGCUCCUCUGGGCCAUCGGCACUCCGGUGGGCCUCAACCUGAUCACGGUCCAGACGCGGCUGAAUGUGAUGCAGGCGGCCCAGUCGCGCAGCAAGGGUAGGCACCGGAGAAGCGACCGGAGUCCGGAGCAGGAGCAGCGGAGCGGAAGCCGAGGCCGGAAGAAGCAACGGACGAGCAGUUCGGCGACCAGUGGACGAAGCGGCAAGAGGGCCCAGAGCCGGGAGAGGAGCACCAGCAGUACGGCGAGACCGAAGCCACCCUUAAGACGGACUGCCACUGAGGAAACCCUUGACCUCGCCGAUGAAGACUCCAGCCCGUCGAGACAGCAGCAACAGCAGCAGCAGCAGCCGCCGGCACAGCGACGCCAGGACUCGGACAGGGAGCGGGUGCGAGAGAGGGAUCAGCGCAGUCGGGAGCGGGAAUUGAGCCGGGGCCGCGAUGCGUCCGCCAUGAACACGCCGGUGCGCAGCCGCAGUCGGCAGCAACUGCGCCACGAUCCCGAGGAUGACAAUUGGGGCUCAUCCAGCGGACCCAGUAGGGCCAACUCUCGUGAGCGGGAGCGCGAGAGCAGUCAGACUAGAAAGAUACUCAAUAUUUGGCAGUCGCGCAAUAAGGUCAAGACGCCCCUUCGCCGGCAAGGCACUGAAGAGUUCGACUUUGAGGAUGCCCACGAGGACAGGGGCUGGCAGGCGCAGACCCAAAACCAGGUUCAGAACCAGUCCAGUGUCAGUCCCGAACAAAGGCCCGAUCCGCGCAGCCAUCGCUCCAAUCUCCGUACUAAGCCGAAGUUACGUAGUACCAAUGCGGAUAGAGCUAGCAGUGAAACGGUCCGGCGACCCAUUACUCCCGUGCUCAGCGUAAAUCCGGACAUUCCGGCCGCCAUUCCGAUGCCCCGGACGCCGAUGCGUCUCAAGAGCAAGGUGUCCUUGACCGCCCGAGCUGUGCAGGACAUUGUCAACAAGCGGAAUCAGCGCCUCCAACGCACCGGCACCGAUGAGUAUGACUUGGACGAUAGCGAUGCAUACGGUGCUGGAGGCCAUUUGGAUGCGGACGUGGCGGCCGCCCGACGCACGCCGCCCAGGGGCGCCCCUCCGCCCCCUCCUCCGCCAGCGGCCGGCUUGAACAGUAGUGAUCGCACGGUGCGCUGGAACGAGGACGAAUCCGAGGACUUUGACUUCGAGGAGGUCGACGCGCCGAAGAGUCCCAUGUAUCUGAGCCACAAUCUCCAUUGAGCCCAUCUAACAUCGCGUGUCCCACAUCUCGAAUAUGCGAUUUGUUUUGUAUCUCGCUUGUAGCACUCCUUAGAUCUUAAGUGAACUGUAGCUAUAUUGGCAUUUAACAGGCGUUAAUAAAGUAACUAUCUGUAGCCAA